AUGGUGUUUUCCAGACAAAACCCUCCUUCUCGCAAGCUCAAUAUGCCUCCUUUCGGUAGGAUUCCCGUCACUCUCCCCAGGCCUCAUGAACCUCACUACGAUCCUGUCGCCCCAAGAAAUGUGUAUUACGAUCCUUUCCUAGGUUACGCCCCAAGCCCAUCUACUGACACUGUCUGUAUCCCUUUUGCUACGAAUCGCCUCACCCCGGUUCCUGUUCAACCAGGUCAGCUCCAACAGCCAUGCCCCUCUACCACUCCCUUGACUUCUUCCAGCAUCCCUGUGAUGAAUAACGGCAUUCAUAAGCUUGGACCACACGUGAAUUUUGCAGGAUAUCCCAACCCCACUAGCAGAGCUGCUCCGCCCAACGAGGUGCCAUACGGGAGCUUGGUCCGCUACAUGGAACCCCCUAUCUGGGGCGUCAUCAAAAUUUCAAACAUCCCCUAUUCCAUCACCAAGCAGGAGAUCUUCCAGUUUGUUGGCAGACAGGCACGACUUGUUCCAGGCCACGCAGUACACAUAAUCAUGGAACGUCCCACUGCUAAGACGAUGGACUGUUUUGUGGAGUUUGCUUCGACUGAAGAUGCUGAAGAGACGGCGAACCGAAUCAACCGAAUCUAUGAGUGUGGGCGUGCGCCUCGACUCGGCAAUAGACACGUUGAAGUUGAGCUCAGCAACCAAGAGGAACUGCUGAAAGUUUUGUUUCCACGUGCAAAGUGCAUCAGCUGGGAAAAUGGUACGCCUAAGGUUGUGGAGAAUACUGAUAGAUAUUCCACCGGCUUUACUGGCUUUUUUACCAGCGAAGAGAUCAUCGGCGCCAUUCGUCAUGCUGAAAUACCUCAACGUUCUCCCUUCGGUGCCAAGUGUCCGCAGCGUACUUACGAAUCUACCAUAAGCACGCUCUAUAAGUUUCCUUGGUAUGCAACCGACAUGUACACCGUGCACGACCGUAACCAGCUAUUCGAGUUGACAAACCGCCACAUACGUUCUCUGGUGUCACGGAUGGAAAAGACCAAGACCGUUGGGCUUGACCAACGUCUGCUUCGCGAGCUCCUCUACGCCGGUCUAAAUUGCCCUGUAUUUAAUGAGCGCCAGAAGUAUACCCUUUGCAUUCACGCCGGCGAGAAAAGCGAAAUUCUCAAGUUGGGAGACAUGAGCAAGUGGUUCCCCUUCGAUACUCUGGUCUACUUGCCUGGCUUUGAUUAUGACACCUGCGCGCUGCAGCAGUUGUAUGCCAACGUCAUCGCAAACGGUAGAUUCGAGGGCGCCUGCCGCGAGUUCCCGAACAAUUUCCCUGAAGACAAUACCACUCUCCUAUCACCCUUCGGUCGCAUUUGGUUUGAGUGGCCAACCGAUGUCGCUAAGAAUACUCUUUGGGUUGACGCCGUUAAUCGUGAAACCAAUGUGCUCAACUGUCUUCUUCAGAGCGGCUCCAUGGGAACAAUCCACAGACCACUUUCGAUGACCAGCACCUCAAGCAAUGUUUCUCCCACCUCUCCAAUCACUGAUAAAAGUGUGCCACGAAACGAGAAUGUGUCCCGGGUCAGCAUUUUGCAGGCCUCAUCGCGUCGUGCCAGCGAAUGCUGGAACAGCGGCAGCGUUCUUCUUGAUACCGAAGGCGUUUGGAGUCAGAAGGUGUUCUUUAGCCCGCCUAACAGGUUCCGAACUCCUAGUCACCGCAUCACCCAUUCAUCGCCCAACUGUCUCAAGGAUCUAAACCAGUGA